AUGGCACCGCCCCAAGGAAAACUGGCACUGCCAGCUUCAUUUCUGAAGGAAAUUGGCGCCGACUCGCGGUCCUCCAAAGGUGGCAACAGCAGAAGAGGGCCCCAACAGCAGUCGCGCAAGGAGCAAAGAAAAGCAUCCAGAGUACAGAAGAAACAGGUUCACAGAACUCCCAGGCAGUAUGGGGCACCACAACCAACAAGGCCAAAGACUGCAGGAGCGCCAAAACCGGCAGUCAUCCCGUCCAAGCCAAAGCAGUCCUCUAAGCCGCUUCGCAUCAUCAACCCUGCCGAUGAGGACGACAGUCUGAGUGAGGGUGACUUUGAUAUGGAUCUGGACGAAGAAGAUUUUGAUGAAGAAGAGUCAGGCAUGGAUGAGGAAGAAGACGGGGCCGACUUCGGCGACGACAAUGAGGAAGAAGAAGAAGAGGAGGAUGAUGAUGAUAAUGAGCCUGCCAGUCAUGCACCGCCUGUCUCCAAGACGGACCGCAAGAGACUGGAUCGCGAUGAUGCCGAGAUUGCUGCCCUGGAGAAGAAACUCGGACUCAAAAAGGGCAAGAAGCCCAAGGCCGACGAGGACGGCCUGGACGAUUUGUUAGGAGAUAUGGAGGAACUAGGCGAAGAAACCACCCAGGAAUCCUUGUCACAGAGGAAACGAAAGGCUGAGGCUGACGAAUGGCUUGCGCAAAAGAGGAGAAAAGCCAUUGCCGCCGCCGCUGCCACCGCCAGCAGCGCAUCAAAGGCCUCCGUUAACAGAAGUCAUCGCACAAAGGAUUAUGAUGACGAGAGUGGAGAAGAUUUUGAUGCUUCCGAUGACGAGGACGAUGAAGAAAUGGGGGACGGUCUAUCUGAUUUGGGGAAUUCAGACUACUCGGAUGAUGAGGACUCGGAUGACGACGUCGGACCUGGCGUUACUGAUGACGAGGAGGAUUUCGGCGGGUUCUCCGAUGAUGGCGACGACAUCACCGCUUCAGCGCCCCGGGUCAGAGAAAAUCCCUACGUUGCGCCUACAACACAAACAGCCAAGUACGUGCCACCUUCGCUACGAAAACAAGGCCAGUCGUUAGACGAAGUGGAUGCGCAAUUGCGAAGGCGUGUACAAGGUUUGAUCAAUCGACUUACCAACGAGAAUAUGCUUGGCAUACUCAAGGACUUCACCAGUCUCUACGACCGGUUUCCACGGCAGAGUGUCACCUCUAGCCUGGUCGACCUUUUGAUUACCUUGGUCUCGUCGCCGGAGCCACGGCCUGACAGUUUCUUCACCAUGGUGGCUGGUUUCGUAGCCUCGGCGCAAAAGGCGCUCGGCAUCCACGUCUCAGCCAACCUGGUGCAAAGGCUUGUGCAAGUUUUCAAGGAGCACCACGAGCGAGCCACCGGGCAGCAGUCGGAUGCCGCCUCGAAGCAUCUCAUAAUGCUGCUCGCCGAGCUCUACAAUAUGCAGGUCGUGGGCGCAAAAUUAGUCUUUGACUACGUCCGCCUCUUUCUGGGCAAGCUCUCGGAACUCAACACGGAGCUUUUGCUCAAGAUUAUACAGACGUGCGGCCCAUCCUUGCGGCGAGAAGAUCCUCAUGCGCUCAAGGAGAUUAUCAAUCUCAUCAAGCCUGCCGAUCUCAAGAGUGCUUCGGUCAGAACAAGCUUCAUGAUGGAAGAAAUGAGGAAUCUGCAGGCAAACAAGUCAAAGGCCGCCGCGCGCAACAAGGACCUUGCCGAGAUGCGCACGCAAAUCAGGAAGCGCAUUGGAACAUUGAGUGGUAGCCGCGAGGUUCAGCCCCUAGGCGCGGGCCUCAAGGAGAUUGAGAAUGCCGACAAGAACGGCAAGUGGUGGGUUGUUGGUGCCAGCUGGUCUGGAAACCGAGAAAAGGAGGAAGGAGAUGCCCAAAAGGGAGCAAACGACGUGGUUGAUGAUGCGGCCGAUUUUGUUGUUGAUGAUGAUCUUGGCAUACCGGACCUUUGGCAGCUCGCAAAGCAGCAGGGCUUCAACACCGAGGUCAGACAACAGAUCUUUGUUGCCUUGCAUUCGGCAACAGACUACGAGAACGCAGAGCUCUUGCUGCGGAAGCUGCGGCUCAACAAACAUCAAAGAAAAGAGCUGCCCGAGGUCAUUGUUCGCAGCGGCGAGGCUCAAGCCGAGUUCAACAAGUAUUACUGGCUUGUGGCCAGCCGUUUUUGUGGCGAUCGUGAGGUAGCUUUUCAGUUCAAGCGAUGCCUCACACAGCGGUUCAGGAAGAUGGGCGAGGACAUCGACACGGGGGACGAUUUCGAGGACGGAGAGGACGAGGACUAUGACACUCGCUGCGUGGUCAAUGUGGGCAAGUUUUAUGGAAACCUGGUUGCAAACAGGAAUCUCGGCCUGGACAUUCUCAAGCAUCGAAACCUGGCGGCUUUGCAGGAGAAAACGCAGUGGUUUGUCGAAGUACUCCUCAUUACGGUGCUCCAAGAGUCACCAGACCAGGCUGCUUUGCAAAAAACAUUUGGUGUCCUCGACCCCGAGCUGGGUAGAGCCAUACAAUUCUUCUUGAACAAGUUUGUCAAGAAGUCAGACCUGGUGAAGGGAGCCGAGAGAAGGGCGCUCAGAAAGAAGUGUCAAGAAGCAGAUGCCAUAUUGGAGGCGUCACUCGCACUUACAGCCGAGCAGGGGGAAUAA